AGCUAAUAUUUUAAACAUUACGAUUUGUUUUACCAGUCUGUAUUUUGAUAAUCAGUAGUUAUGGCGGAUCCUCGAGUACGGCAAAUUAAAAUUAAGACCGGCGUAGUCAAACGGCUUGCAAAAGAAGAAGUGCUUUAUGUAAAAGAAGCCAAACAGCAGGAGGAGAAGAUCGAGCGCCUGAAAGCUGAAGGUGGCGAUGAGUAUGUCAUCAAGAAGCAGACGGAGGUCCUCCAGGAGUCGCGCAUGAUGAUCCCCGAUUGCCACCGGCGCCUGGCUGUGGCACACAUGGAGCUCUCGCAGUUACUAGAAACAGAAGCAGACCUGGCAGAGUUAGAAGAGUAUAAGGAAGCAAGAACCGUGCUGGACUCUGUGAAGUUAGAGGGAUGAUUGUUCACUCACAGUACCAUGUCCAACUUUGUGUCCAUUCCAUUCAGUCAGACAUUGCUUGGAAACAUAAAGACAAAUUGAACACUUAAGUUUUUUUUUUAUUUGUACAUUUUAGAUUGAAUCACCAACCUGUCCUUUAAGUGAUUGUGCAGGUAGUCACAAAAAUGAAAUAAAUGUUGUUUUUCCUAUGUGGCCUUGUCUUCAAUAUCAGGAAAUGCUCCAAUAAAACAUCUCAAGAGGCACAAUAAAAGUCAAGAUACACAAACAUAUGCUGGUUCUUGGUCAAAGUCUCCAGGUGGGUAUGUCAA